GCGUGUCGUCACGUGCGCGCGAGAGUGAUACGCAACGCAGGACAGUACGCGCAGUGGAGUGCGAGCGUGAGAGGAUGGAGGCCGCAGAGCAGCAACGGAGCUCGAGUGACGGCGCGGCCGCCAGAGGAGCGGGAGUCCCGGGCAGCGGAGGCGGGGCAGGGUCGGGGGAAGGCGCGGAAGGCGAGAGGGACAGAGAUCGAGCCACCUUCGAGUGCAACAUCUGCCUGGACACCGCGAAAGACGCGGUCAUCAGCCUCUGCGGACAUCUGUUCUGCUGGCCAUGUCUUCAUCAGUGGCUGGAGACGCGUCCCAGCAGACAGCAGUGUCCCGUGUGUAAAGCAGGAAUCAGUCGAGAUAAAGUCAUCCCUCUGUACGGCCGCGGCAGCACCACCCAGGAAGACCCCAGAUUGAAAACCCCACCUCGACCCCAGGGUCAGCGGACAGAACCAGAGAGCAGAGGAGUGUUUCAGGGUUUUGGUGACACAGGGUUUCACAUGUCUUUUGGAAUCGGGGCUUUUCCGUUUGGCUUUUUCACCACAGUCUUUAACACCAACGACCCUUUUCAAAGACGAGAUCCUCAUUACGGAGGAGAUCUUCAAGCCGACGGCAUCCCCAACAACGGCAACAACUGGCAGGACUCGCUCUUCCUCUUCCUGGCCAUCAUCUUCUUCUUCUGGCUGCUGAGCGUGUGACGUGCUUUCAGGAGAUCAGCUGUCUGCGUCUCACACACACACACAUACACUCACACACACAUCGGUGUUGAGAGAGACAGUAUUAAUGAUUAAACACUACAGGAGCGGAUGAACAGCAUAUUUCACAUCAAAAUCAAUACAGACGCAAUGAGAAUUAUUGUGCAUUAAGGUUUGUCAUUUCUUUUGGAGUGAAAUAUGAGCUGAAAUAUGAGAUUUUUUUGAGAUCCACACUUUAUUAUAAUGUUUUCUGUGAGAUUUGGUUUGAAGGAAUGUCCUAAAGUCAUAAGCUAAUGGUGAUCAGACGCCGAGGCCAGUCCUGGGUUAGACGUUCAGGUCAGGACGAGCUCCGGUCAGGUCUGUUCAGGAAGUGUUUCCACAACAGUUCUAGCUGCUGUGUGUGUGUUGUGUACAGCAGACACACACCGUACGUCACAACUGUUAUUAUUAAUCACCUGAUACACAAGACAGUGGGUGGAAAAUUCACUGUGCAUUCAGUCGAGAUCAAAUUGUUGUCAUAUCCUGAAAGAGUAUAAUCAAGAAUGUUAGAACAAUUUUUAAAAGUGAGUUUAAUUUUCACACACCUUCAGAGUUCUCACAGGAGCGAGUGUUGUGAGCGUGAGCUGCGGUGUGUAUGUGAGUGUGUAUAUAUGUGUGUAUAUAUAUAUGGAUAUUGUAGAUGAUGUUUUCAAGCGUCUCUCUGUCAUUGGCUGUGACGUUUGAUUGACAGCCGGGAGGUGACGGUUUCCCGUCGGUUUUAACCGUUUGUCAUUGUAACAAACAAUCUGUGAACAAGAACAUUUCUGUGGAUUUCCUCUCUCUGCAAUGUGAUUGGCUGGUUUGAACCUCCGGUGACCACGCCCACGUGUGUAGUGUCACAGCAGGGGUCAUGUUGAUUGACAGCUACUGGACAUAAAGUGGGCGGGGUUUAUGCCCAGAAUCUGUUGAUUGCGGAUGAUUUUGGGUGGCUUUAGUUGAAAUGGCUCUUGUUUGUCUCUUUACUUUUGGCGUAUCGCUGGUUAAUUAUGUUUUUAACAAGUCUUUAUCGGCAUAAAAAUUCCUUUGGUAGAUAAAUUGCAUAUAAUUACUGUGCAUAUGCGGCAGAAAAUAAAGUGGGUGUGGCCUGUUUUCUGGCACUUGAGAAAUAAAUAUUUAAUACAAUC